GAGGAGCGUUGUCUGAAAGACUUGCGCGUCACCGAUCCACGCGAUGACAAGUCCCGAAUUGAACUGACAAAUGGUGGCCUUUUGCAAGGCGUCUAUGGCUGGGCUAUUAAGCAUGAUGACUUCGUUGCUUGGCGAGAUGGCAAGGAAAAGCAUCUGCUGUGGAUCAAAGGUGAUCCCGGCAAGGGGAAGACGAUGCUUGUGUGCGGUAUCAUCGACGAACUGCAAAUUUUAGAUAUAAGGCCGUGUUAUUUCUUCUGCCAGGCAACUGAUCCGCGACUAAACACUGCCACGGCUGUUCUACGCGGCCUCAUUUACUUGUUGGUGGAUACGAAUCGACAACUCCUCCCACACAUCCAGGAAAAGUAUGACCAAGCCGGCACAGCCCUAUUCCAAGACGCCAAUUCGUGGGUCGUGUUAUCUCAAAUGUUCACCAAACUGUUAGAGGAUCCCAGCUUGGACGGGCAGGUAUUUAUAAUCGACGCACUUGACGAAUGCCAGACAGACUUGGAGCGGCUCCUUGAUCUGAUAGUUGGAAAAUCCGCAAACCCUCAUGCGAAAUGGAUCGUGUCAAGCAGGAAUUGGACCACGAUCGAGGCAAAGCUGGGCGCAGCAUCACAAAAGAUUCGUUUCUCCCUCGAACUGAAUGAGCAGUCAGUGGCUGAGGCUAUUUGCGUUUUCGUAUCCCAAAAAGCGGCUCAAUUGAGAGUUGCGAAAGGGCUGGACGAGGAGAUGGAACGAAAGGUUCAAAGCUACUUGACCGACAACGCGAGAGGGACAUUUCUCUGGGUGGCUUUAGUUUGCAAAGAAUUGUCAAGAAUGGGAGUGCGCAAAAGACAUGUUAUGAAGAAGAUGGCCGAAUUCCCGCCUGACCUUGGACCGCUUUACGAAAGAAUGAUGCAGCAGAUCCGCGAAUCAGAAGACUCUGACUUGUGUGAGAAGAUUCUACUACUGGCUGCCAUCGUAUACAGACCUGUUACGUUGGCGGAACUGGCGUCUCUCUUGGACAUUGAGGAUGAUUUCAGCGAUGAAGACCUCGAGGAAAUAGUUGCCUCGUGCGGAUCCUUCCUGGUUGUCAGAGACAGCGUGGUGCGGUUUGUUCAUCAAUCUGCGCAAGACUUCUUGCUAAAGGACAAGACGUUUGCCCCCCGACUUGGAAGCCAACACUAUGCCGUUUUUCUGAGGUCUAUGGAAAUCCUGUCAGCGACUCUGCGGCGCGACAUGUAUAACCUCCGCUAUCCUGGCGUCCUCAUUGAGGAGCAAAUGCCGAAUCAACAAGAAGAUGUCCUGAGACAUGCGAGAUACUCUUGUGUCUGUUGGGCAGAUCAUCUCAAAGCCGUCAACGACCUGGAGAAGGAGAAAUGUGUGCUAAGUCUACAGAAAGACGGCAUCAUCCACCGUUUUCUCAACAAUAAGCUGUUGAACUGGCUGGAAGCCUGCAGCUUAAUCGGGGGAAUGACGGACGCCACAAGAAUGGUUGGGACCUUAAGAGGCUUGACGACAUCCAAUACCUGCGAAUUCCAGGACCUCAUAGAAGAUGCAUACCGCUUUGUUCUGUCCCAUAGAAUCGGAAUCGGGCUUGCGCCUUCGCAGAUCUAUAGUUCGGCCCUGAUCUUUUCUCCAACAUGCAGCUUGGUAAGGCAGCGAUACGAAGAGACGGAAGGCCCAGAGUGGAUCGUAAAGCUACCAUUUAUGCCCUCAGAGUGGACAGCACGCCUACAGUGUCUUGAAGGCCACAAGGACAUUGUCACUGCAUUGGCGUUUUCGCGCGAUGGAACACAGCUGGCAUCUGGCUCAGUUGAUCAUGAAGCCAAGGUCUGGGACAUAGAGACAGGCGUGUGUCUGCAUACAUUCAGCUGUCACGACGCCGUCCGUAGCACAGCAUUUUCACCCGGCGGUGAAUACCUCGCUACUGGUUCCAAUGGAGCAGUUGAAGUCUGGAAUCUUACAACAGCAACGAUCUCAUCCAUUCACUCUCUCGGCCACAACAUGAGAUGCCAUACUGCCUUUGCACCCGAUGGAACCCAGCUCGCCGGCGUGGUGGACAAACAAAACAAGCAAAUACACAUCUGGAACUUGAGCACCGACGUGCAUCUCUCUCCGCGUACUUUCGACGUCGAUGAGUUUGAAGAGCAGCGCUUUUCGUGGGCUGCGGAUUUCUCGUUGGACGCUUCACGACUGGCGAUGGCACCGUCACGAUGCAUCCACAUACUUGAUGCUUCAACGGGAAAUUGCCUCCAGGAAUUCGGCAAGCAAUCCGAAGUCUUCGAUGCGCUGAAGUUCUUGACUGACCCCAAGAGCUUGAUGUCAGCCUCGGGAGGUGGAUGUUAUAGAAUCUGGGACAUCACUACUGGUGCAUGUCUGCGGCAACUCAAUUGUGAUAGUCUAUCCGCGUGCAACUUGGCAGUACCUUCACCGGAUGGCACGUUGAUCGCAGACCUAUCAGGGGCUGCGGGUAGCAAUUAUCAGAUCGAACUAUGGGACAUGGCCAUGAGUGUUUCCACGAAGGCAAGCAAGAAACUCACCGAUGUUCUUUGGAAACUCCUCUUCUCCCCAGACGGCAAACAUCUUGCAUUGGCAUUCUUCUCUGAAGAAGUACACAGUAGUACUAUCGAACUCUGGGAUUCAACUAACGGCGCAUGUUUAAUGAAGUUCGAAACCUCAGGACAGCUAAUUACUUCCUUGGCAUUCUUUCCGGAUGGCCAGCGGCUGGCGUCAGGGGGGGCGCAAAGUAUCGAUAUUUGGGAUGUCUUCUCGGGUGUGCGCCUACAGUCCAUCAAUGUCGAGUCUGUAAUAAGCACUGGCCCUGGUAUUGGAUCGAUCGCGCUCUCAUCGGAUGGAAGUCUAUUGGCAGCCGCAUCCAUGGGUCCUCCAGUGUUUGGAAUAUGGGAUACGAAUUCAGCUGGCAGCCUACAAUGGUCCAACGAUGGGACAAAAUCUAUUGGGAAUGAGAUUGUAGCUGUUGCAUUUUCGCCAGACGAUGCACGGAUAGAACUGGCGUCAAGAUCUGGCAGCGUUCAUAUUUACGAUGUUAGCACGGGCACGGCUCUUCAGACUUUUGACAGCUUCUUCGAACCACUGCAUGGCGAUCUGACUUGUGCCCUGCAGCUUCAGCCUGUGCCCCGACUUCCCAAUGGCCGAACUGAUGUCGUGGAUGCCUCGCUGGAGCAAUUCCUGCCCCAGACACUUGGGGUAUCAGGACUCAAAUUCUGCCCCAGAUCAGACUGGAUUUACAAAGGAGAGCAGCGGGUGCUGUGGCUUCCUCCAGAAUACCGGCCGUACACAAUGGCAACGCAUGAUGAAGGGUUCGUCGGCAUUGUCUUUGAAGCCCAUCAGAUGCUCUUGCUGCAAUUCUCGAUGGACGAGCUGGAAAAGGUACUGGCUUGA